GCCAUCCCUGUUUUGAGACGCUAGUUGAUAUGAAGGUUGUUAGCUUCUCUAUCUAGGAAAGAAAUUUAAUGUCUACGGGGUAGGUAAAAUGUCAUAUGGAAAAAAAAUUCUUUUAAAAGAACUCAUGCCUACCCACCAAACAGAAAAACUUUAUGCAUGUAAGGUAUGUAACCAGUCCUUUAGACUAAAGGGUGUCUUAAACAAGCAUAUGUUUAUUCACACAGAUAUCAAACGUCAUAUAUGUGAUAUAUGCAACAAAUCAUUCAGACAAAAGAGUCAUUUAAAGGAACAUAUGCUUAUUUAUACAGGAGAGAAAACUUAUGUGUGUGAGGUAUGUACUAAGUCAUUUAAACAGAAGAGUGAAUUAAUCAUGCACAUGCUUGUUCACACAGGAGAGAAACCUUAUGCGUGUGAGGUAUGUAAUAACUCAUUUAAACAAAAAAGUGAAUUAAACAUGCAUAUGCUUAUCCACACAGGAGAGAAACCUCAUGUAUGUGUCAUCUGCAGCAAGUCAUUUAGACUAAAGAGCCAUUUAAAUAAGCAUAUCACUAUUCACACAGGAGAGAAACCUCAUGUGUGUGAGGUAUGUAACAACUCAUUUAGAUUGAAGUCUGUAUUAAAUAGGCACAUGCUUAUUCAUGUGAAAGAGAAAGCUCAUGUGUGUGAGGUAUGCAACAAAGCAUUUCGAAUGAAAGAUCACUUAAACAAGCAUAUGCUUAUUCACACUGAAGAAAAACCUCAUGUAUGUGAGGUAUGCAACAAAUCAUUUAAUCAAAUAAGUAAUUUAAGGAAACAUAUGCUUAUUCACACACAAGAGAAACCUCAUGUGUGUGAGGAAUGUAACAAAGCAUUUAGACAGAAAGGUCAGUUAAAUACACAUAUGCUUCUUCACACUACAGAGAAACCUCAUGUAUGUGAGGUAUGCAACAAGUCAUUUAAACGAAAGGGUGAAUUAAACAUGCAUAUGCUUAUUCACACUGAAGAAAAACCUCAUUUAUGUGAGGUAUGCAACAAGUCAUUUAGCCAAAAAAGUAAUUUAAGUAAGCAUAUGCUUAUUCACCAAGGAGAGAAACCUUAUGUGUGUGAGAUAUGUAACAAAGCAUUUAGACAGAAAGGUCAGUUAAAUACACAUACACUUCUUCAUACUGAGAAGCGACCUCUUGUAUGUGAGGUAUGUAAACAGUCAUUUAGAAAAAAGUCUGUUUUCAGCAUGCAUAUGCUUAUUCACAGACAAGACCAUUCCUAGGCUAUUGGCUGCCCGCAUACUUUCCUCAGAUUGCCACUUUCAAAUUUAAAAAAAAAAAAAAUGAAUGAUUAAUAAAAUUUUUAUUUCAUACUCAGUAAGUACUUGCUAUGAAAAAUUCUUUAAAAAGUACUUAUAUAUGACAAAUACUUACAAUGAAUUUUAAAUAUUUAAGCGUGGUAUCGCAAGAGUUUGGUCAUCCCUGAUUUUGGCUACCUGCGUUGUUUUAUGCACUGCAGCUCCCCUUAGGAAUGGCCAUGCACACAGAUGAUAAACAUAAUGUAUGCGAGGUAUGUAACAAAGCAUUUACAGGUACGAGUACUUUAAGCAAGCAUAUGCUUAUUCACACAGGAACGAAACUGUGAGUUACAUGUGCAACAAGUCAGACAAAAGAAUUGGAACUGUUAGAUAGCCACAGUCCACGAGAUGUGUGUUCCUGGGCCAAAGUCCUAUCCCAGUGUAACAUUUAAGAAUUGGAAGAAGCAUAUUAGCAGAGAAUAGGAGCCUGAUAUCUUUUUGGAAGAUUUAGAUAAAUAAGAACCUUUACUUAUUUGUAAGGUUUGGUCCAUGUAGCAAAGAAAUCUCAUUAUAUGAACUUUAUGUACCUUUUCAGGUUAUUUAAAUCUGAAUAAAUCAUUCAUUUCUUUCCAGAA